AUGAAGUUUUACACAGCAUUGACGGCGGUUGCUUCCUUGGUUGCGACUGCAACCGCUCAUGGAGGAGUCGAUCAGUAUAUUGUAGGAGACACGACCUACCAAGGACAGUACUCGACUUACGACCCCAUGUACAUCAAAGAUCUCUCAGUAAGACCCUACAAAACCACAGUGAACAUUCGCUGCAACAACAACGGCGCUCUCGGUACAGGCAUGACUGGCACCAUUGCCGCUGGUGCCAAAUUGAAGACUCACUGGAAGCAAUGGACUCACAGGCCGACUUCUCUUCUUGUAUACAUGGCCAAAUGUCCCGGAUCUUGUGACAGCUUCGAUGGAGCUGGUAAAGUGUGGUUUAAGAUAUAUGAGCAAGGCCUCAUAUCUGGGACUGAAAACUCCGGCAUCUGGGCAGGUGAUGCCAUCCUCGACACCCUCUACGCUACGGUCACUAUCCCGGCUACACUUGCCGCAGGUGGCUACCUGAUCCGCCAUGAGCUCAUCGCUGUGCACCAGGCGAACAACCCGCAAUUCUACCCCGAGUGCGCUCAGUUCACCGUGACAGGAUCUGGCACAGCCUCUCCUCCUGCAUCAGCGCUCGUUUCGUUCCCAGGCGCCUACACAGGAACAGAACCCGGCAUCGCUUUCAACAUCGACUCACCUGAAGCUAAGCAAGCGACCACAUAUCCUAUCCCAGGCCCUGCUGUGUGGGAUGGCACGGGAAGCGGUUCCGCACCCGCGCCGUCUGCUGUACCCACAGCCGCACCCACAGCCACAGCCUCCCCCACUACCAUGAUGACCAGCGCAUCUGCUACGCCCACAGUACCGGCUGCACCCAUAUGCGAAGUAGUGAAGUAUGGGCAGUGCGGCGGUAAAACCUACAGCGGAUGUACAGAUUGCGCAAGUGGGUCGACGUGCAAGGCCAACGGCGAUUACUAUAGCCAGUGUGUUUAGACCUCAAUAAUUCGUUGCAUCCAUCUCAAAUUUGAAGUCUAUGUCUGAGCAGAUUCGACGACACGGCAGAGCGAGU